AAGAAAAAUGGUCAGAAACGUGAGACGACGCUCAAACGCAAUUUCUUUGAGCCACGUUUGAACUUCCCGCGUUAGCUUGCAUUGACAUUUUACAGGAGGUUACUGUUCAAUAUGCUAGUAAUAAACAAUAUGUAGGGGGCAACUUUUAAGUUGAUUCCAGGUUCUUUUUGGUCUGUGUUCGAGUUGCUUUUGUUAUCUCUGGUCCGAGGUCAUGUACAUUCCUAUGUGGUGUCAGUGAGACAUUGUAGAUGGCAGCACCAUAUGCACAACAAGCUCGCUCGCUCAGCGAUAUUGCGAUUACGGCUACCUUCGGGUUCGUAACAGGAUAAACUGGCUCCCGUUACCGCAUCUUCCUGUGCCACUUUUUCGAUGGCGGAAAGUGAGCUGAAGCGUAUUUGCCUGCGACCCAGAACUUGGCCCAGCGGCAGACUGUUGUGCUCUUAACCCACUUGAGCCGUCGCAUGGAAGUGACAUCGUGACAGAUAGAUGCACUCGCUGUGCAAACCGGUGAAACCAUGGAGGACCAGGAUCUGGCGAUAUUGUGUUUCCAGCACUGCGAGAAGCGUGCCAACGUUUUGUGUCUGCGGCUGCCGAAGUGUUGUCCGAUCUGUGGCCUGGAGCUCGAAGACGCCGAACUCCGAGUGCCUCCGUUCAGGAUACCGUAUCCUUUCAGAAACUCGCAGACAUCUCCGUGCUGUGUUGUGAUCAAACCGUCGAAAGGCGACUUUCUGCAUCUGUAUUCGAGCUCACUGGACCUGCACACUGGAGUGACGGACUCCAAAGGUCAAGUGCACGAGUAUGACAAGGAAGGGCUCAAAGUCGCCAAACAACCCAUGUGGCCACAGUGCAUUGCUGUGCCAGUCAUUACAGAUGAGGGAACAGCUUGGCAUGAAUUCUGGGAUUACACUUUAUCCGUCACUGAAAGCCAGGACGCCUGGGACAGCAAGCGGUACGAUGAAAAGGAACACAACUGCUACUCCUUUGUGAUAGCCUUCCUGCGAAACCUGCAGAUACCACAGCUGCGACCAUCACUGAAGGACAAGCUGACCUUCUCCUCCGAUUUUCUUGUCCCACAAACCAGAAAUGUUGCCCGGUACAUUGCACUUUACAGAAAGCUUCUGCAAGAUGGUACAUACGUCAAACGGUGUGAGCCCCGUCGAACACAGACAUAAUAGUCUUUAUUUACUGUUAUUUCUCACUAAUCAUUACGUUGACUUCUGAGUGUGAGUGAACAAAAAACAACUGCAUUUAAUUAGCAUGAGUAUCAGAAGUAUAUAACUGUUACUUGAAGGAGUACUGACACAAAUACCUUGCGGUCAACUUUUUUAGGCAGCUUUUAACUCCAUAAUUGCGGAACAAAGCCUCAGUUCCUCGAGAGUGCCGCAAAUGUGUAAUUGCUUACACCACCCCAUAUGCAACCCAUUCAAAAUGGGCACCAAGUGCAGCGCAGUUUUCACCGUGAAAAAUGAAACUAUUCACAUCACGUAAAGCGGAAGUACUGGUCUCUUAGUAUCACAAACAGCUCAAGAGUGUGCCUGUAAGCCCGGUGCGGUGGUUGUGUUGCUGAAAGCUGCCAAACUGGCCUUGUCAAUUAUGCACUUCUCUUGGAAAUGCAGGGGAACCCACUUUGCCCUCUUGUCCUGUCGGGUGCUGAAUGAACUCAGCUUACGGUGACUUGGUCAUAGUGCAUGUGUAUGUGACAGUGGUGCAUGGUACCAAGGUAACAUAACUAAUUAUUUGUUGCGCUUUUGAGGAAUUGAGGCUCCAGAGCGUGAUGACAGGGUCGGUAUCUAUCCAACUAAUAUAAAAAACACAAAAAUAUUCUGUCAUUACUGCUCUAGCCAAAUGACAUCUGAAAAUUAAUUGUAAGGUGAAAGUGCACUGCAUAUGAAAUGCACUACUUUAUAAGUGAGCUGUACAUAAUGAAAUCUGAGAAAGUAAUGUGAUUGCUCCUAUUGUGUUAAAAGAAGACAAUGGGGACAAAGAAAAUGAGUCUUUAACGCUUAAACAACACUUUCAGCUUCCAUGCUGAAGUGCUGUAGAUUUAUUUUGAAAAUACCUUUAUCUGUACUUUUGGAAGGUUUUUGUGUAGAAAUAUCUUGUUUUUAUUGCAAGAAUUCACAGAAUAAGAUCAUGCCAAAUAUGCUUUGCGUGGUGCUUGAAGAGAGGUUGGUCAGAGCUCUUGUCUUUGUCAUAUUGUUUUAGUGUGGCUUUUGUUUUUAUGUAGUGUCCAUUCUCAUGCUAAAGUUGAAGUAGCUUGUGUGUUGGUGGUGGCGCAAAGUUUUUGUUUGAUUCAGAAUAGUUACAAAAUUAUGUGUAACGUUGAAGCAAGGCUCCGAGUGAUUACAUUGCAUUUAAUAUGAACCCAAGUUCUCGUGUUAUUGUUUUAUGCUUACUUCCCGGUGCGCUUUUUAUUUUGUUUACCUAUUAGCAUCACUUCACUCUAGCAGCUUGUUUGGUCAGGUAGUCAGUGUCACGGCUAACACUCCUAGGGCUAAUCCUGUACACACACACGAAUGCCUGAGAAAGUGCAGGAGAGGACGGCUGUCACUGGUAAAGCACCGCACGUGUAAUGUGGGAGAUGCGGGUUUGGCUCCCACCUGUGGCAAGUUGUCUUUCUGUCCACUUUCAUUUCCUUUUACUUUAUUAUUUAUAUAUUUCAAUUAAAAACAACUGAUUUUUCAUAGGCUUUAUUAGCUUUAUUGUCUGUUUUUUUUUCAUAUAGCUUGUAACUAACAAAACAUCAAGCCCCUCAAAUCCCCAUAUUCUUCUCACUCACUACUACCAAGUAUUGUUUGAUGCUUAAAGGGACCCUGAAGCACUUUUAUAACUAAUUAUAGAAUGGCCUCACUAUUAAUGUACGCCGUCUUACAAAUCUCAUGCCGCGGAAAUGUUUCGAAUCCUUUGACUAUAAGUGGAGUUCCUGCACCGGUACCCAGCUUUCUCUCUCUUUUCGUCUCUGCUAGCGCGCUGGAAGCUACACAGUGGAGAAGCCAAGAGGGCUAAGCCCCGGCCAAAAGUUGAGUGUAGCGGUGGCUAAAGGGCUCAUCGUGGUACCCCAUGGCAGCCGCAGUUGACUAUGCUACAUAGCAUGCCGCUACCAUCUCGGAGGCUACGCGCAGUACAAAAAUGAAGUGAUUUUCCUGUCUUUUCGAGAUUGCAGACAUAUAUAUUUUUCAUUUAUUUAGCUCAAAAUAAGCAAUUUUGUAUUACUGAGAAUGUUCUUGCCAUCACGAAAUCAGCCAAGAGCGUUGGUCUGCCAACUGCUUUCGACUGACGACAUUGCGGAUGUGAAAGUAAGCGACUGUUCACUGCUUUUGACACAAGAUUGUAAAGUCCCUGCUGCAUGCAGUGCAAUAAUAUUUGGCUCACACGUUCACAGGAGCCUCGUUAACAGAUCGGUAAUAUUUUUUUUUACUAUGUUCACAAUGUGUUUCAGGGACUCUUAAUUUUUCUUUCGAUACGUAAUUUUCUGACACCUGCUGCAUUCUUUGCUGGCAGUAUGUCCUUGACAGUGCAUAAUGGGGCUGAUAAGGUUAUGGUGUAGUUGGUGGAGCAUAGGUUUAUGAAUUUAUCAGGGUUUCAAACAGAUGUAUUUGCCUGCAGGCCAUGUGAAUGCAUGAUGCUGUUGAAUGCGGCCUGUGUGCGCUCUUGAGUGUUUACUAACUCCCACUAUAACUUAUCCUUGCAUUGAGCACCUGUCCCCAUCUGUUAAACACAUCGCAUUAGGGCCUCUAGAAACGAUGGGUUGCAUACACUGCCUGGUGCCUGACAUGAACUUGAGACACUCCUCGAUUGCUGGCUUUACCCCCGGUACAGAAUUUCAUUCUCUCUAAUGCCUUUUCAAUGGCAACAGACACAAUUUAGCAAGACUCUGCAAGAGGUUGACUGCAACGUAGGUUACUGAGUCAUGCAAGCAUUUAUAAAUUUAUUAAAUUAUGAGGUUUUACAUACUGGAGCUAUGCCUAGACUGUUGAAGAUGCUGUAGUGGCUGACACCACACUAAUUUCGUGACCUGAGAUUCUUUGAUUUGAAGUUAGUAGGUAAAUGGGUGUCUCUGCACAGUGUCACAGUUAAAAUGAGGUCGGCAAAGUCGGCAAGCAUUUGUACAUGCAAUGUUCUUCUCUGAAUCUAUUUCUCGCAUAGUCAAUAUGAGAAGAGGAAUAAUAAUUAAGGAUGUUCAUACAGUUCAUAAGUAGAGCAAGUUCACAUUCACCAGGCUUUUGCUUGUUUGCGCUUCUUAGCCUGAAGAUCUGAACUACAAACAACAGCACUGUCAGUUUCAACUUGAGUGCAGUUUUAAACUUGAAGCAGAGUGCGUUUAACUUUUGCCUGUUUCGACAUUGCGAGAGAAUGUUUAAACAGUGCCCAUUAUUAUAUGUCUAGUGCAAAAUUUUCAUGAUUGAAAUGUGUUGAAAGACAUUAUCAUUUAAAAAUUUUUAAGGAGCCAUACAGAUAGAUUGAAUAGCCUUCUAAGUAUUGUUUCCGUGGUUAUCCAGGGAUGUGGGUAGACAUGAAAAUGGACAGUAUGCAUUUAUUUGGCUCGCGGCCCAAACUGGUUCGUGUCAGUUGACGCAUAUACCCAGCACUGUAUCAAAACCGAAGGCGAUCUAUAAUGCUUGUAGAGGGAAGAUGCCUCUGCGGCAAUGCGCAGUUGGGAGCUGGUCACACUAGCCACUGGGCUAUGUUGGAACAUCUGUGCUUGACAAAUGGCAACUUGUGCAGGAAUCUGUGGGUCUAGCCGACUGUCAGAGUAGCAGCAUCUGCGCAUGCAUUUUGGAGGCCACAGCAGACAGCACUGUCGCAAACGAAAAUGACAUUGUGUACAUGUCAAAGAAGUUGUUCUUGAGAGGAUGGCAGUGCUUGCUGUGAGAUUCUGUUGUUGCAGUAAGUGAGUUCAGAGCCAAAGAAAUCGCUGAGGUCUACUGAUUUAUUGCACAGCCAAGAGAGCUACAAAAAGUGGAGAUGAGAAAGGGGAAAAUGUCUUCUGACAUUACAAAUUAUAUGUGGUGAAUCGUGAGGCUUGAAAACAAUAAUUUUUAUUGCCUGAACUCUUCAUAAUUCUUUGUGACUCGUAGUUUGUUCACCAAGUUGAUGGUGCCCAUAUUUUACUAAAUAGUGUAGCAGCUGGCCUCUUUUGCUCCUGAAGCACCCCCUUUGACAUCUGCCACAACAUCUGCAUUCAAACCUGCAGCUCAUAAAUGGCUGUGCUCAUCUGAUAGCUGCUGGUCUGAUUGUCAAAGUGGAAGUUCCUGGCAGCCACCUUGCGCAGUCAGUUGCAGCAAAUGUGUGUUGGCAUUUGGGUACAGAUAGUUAUUAGGACUGAAAUCACAAAUAGCUAAUGUUUUUCUUAGGGAAAUAAAGGAUCUCGUCACGCUGAUGCUCCCUAUAUAAAAAGACAGAAGUAUGUGGGACUCUGUGAGCUUUUCACAUUUUUGCCAUGUCAGUCGUACCAACAAUAAGUUUCCACAGUAUGUUGUUGGGAUAGUUGGUGCAUAUUGAUAGGUUUGAUGGAGUGUAGCUUCACAUGAAGACGACAGAAAAGGAAGGAAUGUUCUUUUCUUUUCUGCUGUUCUAGUGCAGAGUUACGCUGGCCGAACCUUUCAAUAAGUUUUCGUAAUUAACGAGGUGAAAAUUCAUUGAACCAUUUUUAUGCAACAGAACUGAACCAUAGUUGAAAUUAUUCUUAUUAGAGAGACAACAAUGAUGUAUUUCAUUUUGUAUUUCAUUGUUGACUGGCAUUGUUUCCGUCAUUCAUUGCAAUUUUAAUCUUUGCACCAUUCAAGUCAAGAUAAUUAACACAUUGUAGUUACGUGUUAGUGCUGGGAAGUGUUUUUUAGUGAGUUUGUUCGAACACGCGGAACAUUCUAAAGCAUCGCUUUUCCACGCGUAUGAUUCAAGGGAGAUUGUUGAGUGGGAAUUAAUGUUGUGUGCUCGUAUUGACUUUUAUAUUGCCCUAAAUAACUUUUGAGAAAAAGAAGUAUAUUCAGCUGGUUGGUUUUUACGCUAGAAUGCACCUUCUUGUGUACUUGAUUUGAAAAAGGUAUGGGACUUUGCUAACUCCCUUGUGCUAAGGUAAGGGAAUUAGACUGGAUGCAUUAACCAUUUUAUUGCAGCAUGUAUUUUGUGCACACACACUUUUGUCCCAUGAUGACAUUUAUUUCAAAAGAAAGUCUUUGCUCUUCAUUAAUAUGUGUUCAAUUCAUAAAAUCCCGGUUCUUCACAAGUAAAGGGUUGCCGCACCAUUUCACGUGCUUUCGUGUGAUGUAUAUAGUAAAAUGUCAUGUUCCCACCUAUAUUUUUAACAGCCAACAUAUUGUGGAACAUUUGUUCACUUUUGAAGAUGUUUACAAUGAAUAAAAUUUUAUUUUUUAUAAUAUCACA